CGGUCACUGUAGGCGGUAUAUAUAUAGUUAGGCUCUAUAAAAAUUGAAAUACACGUGAAGUGAGGGAUUUCUAAUUUAAAGUUGUUGCAAGUGUAGAAUGCCUUCUGCCUCUGCUAAACUCGAGAAACAAGCCUCAAUCGAGGCUUCGGAUCCUGUCAAGCAAAUCGUCACCGUACUGGAAAAGAAAGUUCGAAAUUUAGAGAAGAGAAAGGUUAAUGCCAUUGAGAAGUAUGAGCAAGUUCUAGAAAUGUUAGAUUUAGCAAAAGACCUUCAAAAGAAUUUCUUCACUAUCAUCCAAGAUGCUGCAAAGCAUCAGAAGAAAGUGGCCAAAAGAGAGCAGUUGGAGAGACAACAACAGGAGGUACAGAGGAUAAAAGAAAUCCUUCUCUGUCAGGACAUUCUAAACAGAAUGGAUGCUGAAGAUGUUCGAAAUGACUUCAUAGCAGGUUCAAAUGGAGCUAUUACACUAACUGAAGAUGACGUGAACAACCUUGAUGAACUCUUCAAGCUUUUGUCACCAGACAGAGGGUCAGAAGAAGAAGAGGUCAUUCCAUUUGAAGAGCAGUUGAACACGUGUAGUGAUCAUAUGUUUUGUCUGAUUGAAGGAAAAAACAAAGAAAUUCUCGGAACAACGUAUAAACACUUAAAAGAUCUCUUGUUAAGGAUCAAUGAAUCAGGCUACUUCGAUCAUACAGCGAUCAAUGAAUCUGGCUACUUCGAUCAUAAAGAUAAAGAUGCUGUUCAAGAGACUGAGGAAAAUCAAGAAACUGUAAAUCCUGUAGAGUACGAAUCCGGUGAACCCAAUAACAGUGUAGGAGAAAACUACCCACAGACAGAGCUGAGAACAGAUGUUUUGGGAGAAAAUCACCAGGUCCAGCUUGAUCACCCCCAACAAGAGGUAAAGACUGGUGAUGUAUCAGGCCAAGUUGUGUAUUUGAGCGAAACUGCCCCUGCACCACCAUCAACUAAACCUCUGCCUGAAGUUCUUUCUGGACAAGGAAACUUUAACUUUCUUCAAGAGUCUCAGAUUGAUCUUGAAUCACCACACAUGGAUCCAGCUGUUGUUGCUGCCCACCCAAUGGCACCAGCACCGGCUAUGGUCUACCAUCCUUCUCAGUAUCCAGCAGGGACUACUGCAUUGCACACUUUAGACAACCACCAAGCACAGAGUCAUAUAGCACAGGAGGAAAAUGCUGCGAUGGUCCAGGUCACACAACUCCAACAUAGCCAAGUUGGUCAGGUUUUGCUUUCAGAAAUUGAUCCAUCGCAACCCAUCCCUACACAGACGUUUACGAACCAGAACUACCCGUCAAUACAGAACAUGCUACACCCGGCUGGAGGGGCAUCAACGUAUUCUGCUUACGUCCCCGUUACUCUUACCCACGGACAGCAAGCAGUUGGGAUGGCUAUGGUACCUCACAAUCUCUCGGCCAGUACUUUGUCUUCUUCCCUGACAACAGAACCCAGCAGUUUAAAACAUCCGGGCCUUAUCUCGGACGUGAGCAGCCAGCAAGACACGAAAAAUCUUUAUGCUCGUGCAGAUGACUACCAGACCACUUCUGUUGGAGAGGAUCACCUGGAAGAGUCGCAGUUUUUAUCACCUGGAGAGACCCAAGGUGAGUCCACUGUUUUUCCUUAGCUAACAAUUAAAGGAUGAACUAGGGGGGGAUUCA